AUGGACGCUUGGGGUAAGCAGCUCGAGGUCGGCAGGAAGAUUACAAUGCUUGCUGAUCCUCAGGGCACUUUUGUCAGGGACCUCGGACUCGACUUUGACGCCUCUGCUGCUCUUGGUGGACACCGAUCGAAGCGCUUUGCGUUGGUUCUAGAGAAUGGCAGGAUCACCAAGGCAUUUGUCGAGCCGAACAACACAGGAUUGUCUAUCUCCUUGGCAGAGAGCCUGCUGAAGGAACUCUAG